AUGAGUGCGAGCAAUUCUUCUGCUUACCGAUCGGAGCGGAGUUUCCAUCAGACGUCGUCCUCGUCGUCCUCCAGUAAUCCUUACAUGGAGAAGAGUCACGGGAUGUUUUCCGAGGAUUUUGGCCCCUUCAUGAGGCCUGGGAGCGACACAACAGGUCAUUCAUUAUUUGCAGGUGGAAGUGGGAAAAUUAAAGCACUUGGGGAUUCCUAUCAGUUUACUGUUGACGUUCGGGACUUCUCCCCUGAAGAUGUCAUUGUCACCACAUCCAACAAUCAAAUUGAAGUCCGUGCGGAAAAGUUGGCCAAGGAUGGUUCCGUGAUGAACACAUUCACCCACAAGUGUCAACUACCUGAGGAUGUGGACCCGACCUCUGUGACAUCAUCACUGGGUGCAGAGGGGACUCUAACAGUUCGGGCGCGGCGACACCCGGCCAAACAUGAGCAUGCACAGACCUUCCGCACAGAAAUUAAGAUUUAG